AAAUGGCGCGGUUGUUCUAUCCGGGGGUUAGGGAUGGUGGUUGUAGCUUGGGAGACGGAUAAGAGAACUGGGUGCUUAAAAUGGAAGGGGCGCAGCUCAGUUCUGUUGGCAAACGGACGACCUUCUCUUAGGCGCUGGGUCCCACCUCCACGCUACCUCCUACGGUGGGGCCCGGUGGGAAGACAGAACCAGCACCUGCGGCUGUUCUUCUCCUGCCCCCUGCUGCUGCCCCAGUCCGCGCGCUCACCAUCCCCCCGGCCUGCCCCUGCUUUUCUCCCAACCCCCAAUUUCUCCGUGGGCCCCGGGUCAGAUCGCUCUCCCACUCUGAGAAAAGGAAGAAAGAUUGCAUUUAUCUCUUGGUGUUGAUCUAAUCGGACCCGCGGAAUCCAUUUAGUCGUCCCCGUCUCGCUGUUUGUUUGGGUUGUUUUAGAGAGAAAGAGGAGCCGAGCUCGCCGGAGGUCCAGCGAUCUCGCCGCGACUACCACCGCCAGGUUUAAGUAUAGGAGUGGUAUAAUCAUAAUCAUAAUAAUAGAAGAAGAUGGAGGAGGAGAAGGAUAGGAGGAAGAAGAUGGGGAUGAAGCGGAAGUGGUGUGUUUCCAUCAAGAAAAUUUUCACCGCUGAAUCCAAGGUGAAGAAAGACCAGAAGUUCAAACGGAAGAGGAAUUGGAUAUGUGGGAAAUUCGCGGAUUCUGAUCGGUUCGACUCUGGGUCUGCUCGGGAGGGACCUCCACCGCCACCUCCUCCUCCGCCACUGGUGGAGAAUGGACAGAACAACCAUGCCUACUCUGUGGCGCUGGCAUCUGCAGUUGCGGCGGAGGCUGCCGCCGUGGCAGCUCAGGCUGCUGCGGAGGUUGCUCGCCUCACUGCGUCAUCAAGCAUUGCUGGUGGAUCAAGGGAAGGGAUUGCGGCGAUUAAGAUUCAGACAGCUUUCCGAGGAUACAUGGCAAGGAGAAGAUUGCGAGCCUUGAGAGGAUUCGUUAGAUUGAAGUCAUUGGUUGAAGGAAAUGCUGUCAAGCGUCAAGCUGGAAACACUUUGCGUUGCAUGCAGACAUGGGCAAGAGUGCAAUCACAGAUCCGUUCAAGGAGGAUCAGAAUGAUAGAGGAAAAUCAGGCUCUUCAGAGGCAGCUGCAGCUCAUACGUGAAAGGGAACUUGAAAGAUCAAAGUUGGGAGAGGAAUGGGAUGACAGUCUUCAGUCCAAAGAGCAAAUUGAAGCAAAUUUAUUAAACAAGCAAGAAGCUGCUAUCAGAAGAGAAAGGGCACUUGCUUAUGCAUAUUCUCAUCAGUGGAAGAGCUCAUCACGAUCAGUGACUCCAACAUUCACAGACCCCCACAAUCCGCACUGGGGUUGGAGCUGGUUGGAGCGCUGGAUGGCAGCAAGGCCAUGGGAGAACCGCAGCAUGUCGGAAAAAGAUCUGAAUGACCAUGCCUCAGUGAAGAGUGCCUGCCACAGCAUCACAGGGGACGCAAACAAUGCCUUCGCUCGUCGAAACAGCAUCUUGGAGCGAACCCCGCCCCCACUGCAGAAAUCGGGCCGCUCCAGCCGCCAGUCACCCUCAACUCCCGCAUCCAAGCCAUCAUCAGUGGCAGGGAAGCUGAAAUCGGUGAGCCCAAAAAAUGGUUGGGCCCACAUAGAGGAUGAUUCGAGGAGCAUGCACAGUUUGCACUCAGAGCGGGCACCCAGAAGGCAGAGUGUUCCGGGUUCAUCAAUAAGAGAUGACGAGAGCCUAGUAAGUACUCCGGCCAUGCCUAGCUACAUGGCAUCCACAGAAUCAGCGAGGGCAAAAUCCCGUUUCCAGAGCCCAUCAACAAUGUGCGAUGGUGUUGAGACACCAGAGAAGGGACCCAUGAGAUCGGCAAUGAAGCGCUUGUCUUUUGCAGAGACAAAUAAGCAGAGUGUGUCGUCCCCAGGAGGUGUGAGACGCCACUCUGGUCCUCCAAGGCUAAAUAUUGCCUCAUUGAAGGAUGUAGGUGUCGUCUCUGAGCAGGAUAUGAGCAAUGGAGCAAGCAGUUAGCCUGUUCAACCAGCACUUACACAGAAGGGAAUGGGGGAGACUACUGGUACAGCCAGUUUACUCAUUACAGUAUUAAUUUAAUUAGCGUGGGACUGUUCUUGGGUGAGAGCCUACUUUGAAAGGGUUGGUUUCAUGGAUUGUAGCUAUGAACUUUGUUUCCAUCCUUUCUUUAUUUGGGUUUGUUUUGUGUGUGUUUCUGGACGGUGCUUGGCUUUUGAUCAUAGGAUGUGCAUGAUUGUGGGGUGCAUUGUCUGACAUUGGUUGUUGAACAAAAGAGAUACGUGCUUUAAAUUUACUGACAAGAGAUGUUUGUUAUUAUA